GAGUACUUUCUGUUUUAAAAAUUCUAUUUUAUUGCAAUGUUAUUUACAAAUUAUGAUAAUAAACGCAUAAUUACGUAUGCGUAUUUGCUUUUAAUUAUUAUAAUAUUACCUAUUAAUAAAUUGAUUGUAUGUGAAGUUUACCUUGAAAGUUAAUGAUCUGAAAUAAUUCAUUCGCAGAUUAAGUGAAAAAAUAAUAUCUUUCUUAGCAGAUGUCCAUACGGAAUGCUUUCACUAGAAACUGUGAAAAUAAGACUCUGUUUCUGACAUAUAUAGUUCUGUACCACCCCUUGUGGAUAUGACAAAUCGUCGACAUAAUUGCAGUACGGUUUCGCUUUCAUUGUUAGAUUUCCAUGUGAUAUUAUCACGAUGCGUGACGUUCUACUACCUCUUCGCGUCAUUCUUUUAGUCACUCUUCCCGAAAUUGUGAGUACUUUCGAAGCUGAAAUAAUUUCUGUCUUUUGCAACAUUAAUUGCUCGACUAUUAACGUGUCAACUGAUUUUUCAGUCUCAAGCUUAUUCCGAAUGUAUCAUAUAAUCCAUGUAUCGUACAUGCAUAGUAUCACACAUAUUAUAAAGUAUUUGAAAUCAUUUCUUAAUACGUUGUAUCGCAUUUAUAAUGUUUCCUUUUCUUUUUAUCAUCAACUAUACGAUAUCAGUAUAAUAAUUAUUUUCACGUUUUAUUUUAUAAAUAUUUAAAGUAUAUGAAAUACAUAAGAUAGCAAGAAGAUGUCUAUAAUUUUGCUACCGUUGAAAGGUCUCGAUUUUAGAUAUCGUUUCAAGGUAAACAAUUCUAAAGCGAGAAAGUGGAUAUACUUUGAAGCAAUAUAACGACAGUGAAAAGAAAUGAGCGUAAACAUUUCAUAGGUUCUAUGCAAGUAUAUUUGUCUUUGCAGAAUGGAAUUCGUUCUGGACGUUGCUUAGGAAAAUUUGCGAAAGUUACGCGAAAGGCACGACAUGCGCAGUGUACGUGCGUAAUUGGACAAUUCGUCUCUCUACGUAAGGAGACCUUUUUAUCUUUCUUUCUAUCCAAGUGAAAACAAUAGUAUAGCUAUUGUUACAAAUUUCGAUAUAAGUAUGUAUGUUUACUCUAUUAAAAAAAAGUAAUAAUUAGCGGAGAGAAAUGUAUUUAUACACAUAUAAAAUUUUAUAAGAAACAUAUAAUUUUAAGUGAUAAAUAACAAGAUAUAAUAAUUGCUAAUGUCCAUUUCCCUGGUACAAUUUAGUCUAUCUUUCUUCCUAGGCUCGUUAAUUCUAUUCGAGAAAAGGAAUUUCCUGUUCGUCGAAGGGGUGGGCUGAGCAUUAUACAUAGUCUGCUAGCUAGCUAGAACUCGACUUGUAGGAAACUGUCCAUCAAUGCCAUCGUGUUUGAUAAGAGAACAUACGAUAUACAAAAUUUCUGCAAUGAACGUGACCUUCUUACUUGUGUUUCUUAUUAUACAAUUAACAACAGCCGAUCAUACAUCGAUUGGAUCCGGUAAAGGAAAAACUUCCAAAAUGAAAAAUCCAUUUCUUGGUCAUACGAAGCCUCGAUUUAUUUCGUUCGACUCCGAAGAAGGAAAUAUCGAUAUUAGUUGGGAUGUAUCGAUACCUUUUAUUUCUAUUCCAUUAUUGUAUAAAAAUGAAGAGAACGAACAUUCGCCAACGCUCCUCAAUGUCAAUACAAAAGCAUUAACAAUCGCUGGAUUAGUUACAGGAAUUUCUUCUUUAGUUGCACCACUAUUCUCAAAACCUAUUUCAUCGUCAUCGCAAUCGCAUUAUCGUUGGUUGAUCAUAUAUUUUUUUUUAUCGAAUAUAACAACGAUCAAAAAGAAGAUAUUACGUAAUAACGUUUUUACAUUUUCAGGAACGGACGAUGGAAUGGAAUGGUUAACAAUGGGUAAUACAAUUAAUGAAAUAAUUUUUUCCAAUAAUUAUGUAGCUCCUUGUAUGCAACGUAUUGUUUGUUCGAUCGUAUCGGCUGCCAGUCGUGCAGAUAAUCCUACGAGUACGGAAAAAAUUAUCGAUGGUUUAUCCAGUCAUAGAUGGUUCAAGGAUGCAACAAAUGGAACACUUAUCGAGGACGCCGUUUCGGUAGGUAGAGAUGAUAAUCGCGAUUGUACAAAAGUUUAUAAAAGUUGUUUGAUAACGCCGAGAGUAUUGAAAAAUUUCAUGAAUCAAUUUGGAAUAAUGUGAGGUGAGAAAAAAAUUACGAGAGAAAAGAGAGAUCUCACAUUCCAAUUGUUAUGACAAUAGUUCAAGAACAAACUGAUACAGUUAAGUUUUUCAAUAUUUAUGAAUUGAUAAUUAUUAUUAAAACUAAUUUUAUAUAAAGUGUAUGAUGCGCGCGUGUGUAUGUGUGUGUUAUGAAGACAAUUUUCUAUCUUUAUCUUUUAUCUAUUUUUUUAUGAAUGAGAAAAACUUAAAAUCAAAAGAUUGUUAUUGUUAGAAUUCUAGAACGAUUAGAUUGAUUUUUUGUAAUCUAUUUUUUUUAUGUAUAAUAAAAUUCGUAUUGCGUAUAAGUAUCCGUUUGAAAAUAAGAAAUAUAAUUGUUUGUUAUGGUUAGUAAUAGAAAAAUUGAAAAACUUUUACGUUGCUUCUAAUACUGUUUACUAACAUCUUUAUUCCAUUUCAAUUUGCCACUCCCACUGUAUUCAUCAUUCAAGGCUUAUCGUCAUGACGCGACGGUUCGUAAGUACACGUGAUUGGAUAACGUCGUAUUGUUAAAUUUAGAAAACGUCCAAUCAUCUCGAAGCUUUUUUAUCGUUGCUUCGUAAUUGGAUAGUAUAUAUGGCCGAUGCCAGUUGAUUCAUAAGUUUAUCGAGACCAAUCGAAACUCGUAACAAUCGCCACUCGUAUCAAGAUACUCGACAUUCGGAAGUCAGACUUUUUCUCCAACAUAUAGUAUAUCAUACUGGAUGAAAGAUUUUUAUCCAAAUGUCAAUUUUUAUUCCUCCUUGUCAUUAUAAUUCUAGUUGAUGUUAGAAACAUCGACGAUUUCACGAAUAUAAUUGAUGUGUACUCAAAGGAAUAUAACAUAGUAAUACACGUUAAAAGUGUACGGCCGUUUUAUGGAUUAUCAAGGCAUGUUUGACAUCACAGAAACGAGUGUUCCGUUUUAG